UUAUACCACAUUAAAAAUAUUUUUCGCAUCAAUUGGCAACACAGUGGCAUAUUAAAAGUCAACCUACACUGUUGCAGCAGGUUGUACUGUUCAACUUUCUAAAAUAAAAUGAAUUGAAACAACAACUUUCUAUUACAGACCACUAUAAUUACUAAACUCACAACGUCAAGUAAUAUCAAAAUACAAAUAAUGUUGAUCGACAAGAUACUUCCUCAUACUGUAGACAAAAGCAGUUUACUUAGAAACUUGAAAAAUGUAAACAUUUUGUAUAGACACAAUGAAUGUAAAUAUACAGUUCAACUUGUAAAUGAUAUUAGCCUAAAUUGUGACAGAGAUAGAAGCAAUAGCGAUUUUUCAUUUAGUGUAGAUAGAGAUACGUUUCUUCAAAGUGUACUAAAAGGUAUUAUAACACCUGAAAAAAGGCAACAUGUUAAACCAAAGAAAGUAGUUAUGGACUUUAGUUCUCCAAACAUUGCUAAACCUUUUCAUGCUGGGCAUUUAAGAUCAACAAUUAUUGGAAACUUUAUUGCAAAUAUUAAUACAUACUUUAACAAUAAAGUAACAAGAAUUAAUUAUUUAGGAGACUGGGGAACACAGUUUGGGUUAUUGCAAUAUGGUUUGAAAGCAAAAAACAUUGAUAUUAAAGAUUUAAAGACUGACCCUAUUCGAACAUUGUAUGAUGUUUAUGUAUAUGCAAACAAACUAGCUUCAACCGAUGAAAAUGUACAACAAGAAGCCAGAAAGUACUUUGCAGAUAUAGAGCAAGGCAGAAUGAAUUUAGACAGCUGGAAAAAUAUCAGGGAAAUAACUGUACAAGAGUUAGAAAAAGUGUAUCAAAGGCUAGGAAUAAAGUUUAAUGCUUACCAUUGGGAGUCAGACUACAAUGGUGGAAAUAUAAAAGGAUUAUUGGAUAUGUUGGAAAAAGAAGGAAUUAUUAAAUCUGAUGAAUCUGGCAAGAAAAUUGCUACAAUUAAUAACAGAGAUAUAACUGUAUUAAAAAGUGAUAAUUCAACAUUAUAUAUUUCUAGAGACAUUGCAGCUUUACUGGACAGAUAUAAGAAAUAUGAAUUUGAUAAAAUGCUGUAUAUAGUAGACAAUGCUCAAACUGACCAUUUUGCUGCAUUGUUUGAACUUGUUGGAAACAUCAACAAGAAAUGUACUGAAGGCUGUGAACAUAUCAAGUUUGGUAGACUUAAAGGCAUGAGCACUAGAACUGGGAAUGUAGUGUUCCUGAAUGAUAUACUAGAUGAGGCUAAGAGGAAAAUGCAUGAGAAGCAGUUACUAUCAAAAAAUACACGGAGUACGGCUAUGAAUGAAGAGACAUGUGACAUACUAGGGACUUCAGCAGUUUUAAUUAAUGAUUUGAAACAAAAGAGGCUUAAAGACUACACUUUCAACUGGGAUAAAGCCCUCCAAAGUGAAGGGGACAGUGCCAUCAAACUACAAUACCUUCAUUGCAGACUUUGGAGCUUAGAACAAAACUGUGGAGUCUCCCUACCAACACAUUGUGACCCAAAAUAUUUAACCGAGGAAAUCAUUGGUGAAGUUACUGCAGAACUAGCUAGAUUUGAAAAUGUAUUAAAUAAGUCAUUAGAAGAAUAUGAAGCAUGUAUAUUAGUUAACUAUUUAUUUCGCCUAGCUAAAUAUGUAAAUAGAAUGUUUAAUGAACUGAAAGUAAAAAAUGUCGACCCUGAUUUGGCAGCACAACGAUUACUUAUCUUCUAUUGUGCAAGACAGACUGUCAAAACUGGUCUAGAGAUUUUAGGUGUAAGACCUCUCAAAGAGAUGUAGAUGUACUUUGUAAACCUAGAUAUUUGCCAUGUAUAGAAUGAGUCAAAAUAUAGUCUUUUCCACUUUG